CAUCACCGGCCGCCACGCUGCUGCACGUGGUCGACAGCCUCGCCGCCUCGAGGUAGCGAGAGACGCGUGGAGGUGCUCACCACUCACAGCGAUGGGGAAGAAGUCGAAGAUCGGGAAGGCGCGGCGCGACAAGUUCUACCUGCUCGCCAAGGAGACGGGCUACCGCGCUCGCUCCGCCUUCAAGCUCAUCCAGCUCAACCGCAAGUUCGGCUUCCUGCAGCGCGCGCGCGUCCUCGUGGACCUGUGCGCCGCUCCUGGAGGAUGGCUGCAGGUGGCAUCGAAGUUCAUGCCCAUCUCAAGUCUCGUCAUCGGCGUGGACCUCGUGCCCAUCAAGUCCAUCCCGAACGUGGUCACCCUACAGGAGGACAUCACCACGGAUAAGUGCCGCCAGGCUCUCAAGAAGGAGCUGCAGACGUGGAAGGUGGACUGCAUGCUCAACGACGGAGCGCCCAACGUGGGCGCCAACUGGUCGCACGACGCGUACGCCCAGGCGCGGCUCACGCUGCAGGCGCUGAAGCUGGCGUGCGACUUCCUCAACAAGGGCGGCUGGUUCAUCACCAAGGUGUUCCGCUCGCGCGACUACCAGCCACUCAUGUGGCUCUUCCAGCAGUUCUUCCAGAAGGUCCAGGCCACCAAGCCGCAGGCGUCGCGUAGCGAGUCUGCCGAGAUCUUCGUCGUGUGCCAAGGUUACAAAGCUCCAGACAAAAUCGACAGCAAGUUUUUCGAUGCAAAGUACGCCUUCAAGGAGGUCGAGAUCGAAGCUAAGACCAUAAGGGACAUUGCCGACGACAAGAAAAAACCCAAAGCGGAGGGAUACACGGAGGGGGACUACACGCUCUUCCAUCCUCUCCCCGCCACCGAGUUCCUCAAGUGCAGCAACCCCAUCGACUUCCUGAACAAGUGCAGCCAGAUCGUGCUGGAUGACCCACGCAUGGUUUCUCACCCAAGCACCACGAACGAGAUCGCGGAGUGCUGCCGAGACAUCAAAGUGCUCGGGCGCAAGGAGCUCAGGUCGCUCAUCAACUGGCGGACGAAACUGAAAAAGAGUUUGUUGCGGGCGACCGAGGAGAAAGCGGCACCCGCGGUGAAAGCGGCCCCCGCGGAGGAAGCGGCGACGCUGGUCACGGCCACAGACGGAGAUAUCAGCCUCGACUCGUCCGAUGGGGAGAGCGACGGCAGGCAGGCGGGGGCGGUCGAUGGCAGCGACGACGACGACGACAACGAGGAGGAGAUGGAGAAGCAGCUGGCCGACAUGAAAUCCGACGAGGUGGCGGACCUCAAAAGAAAGAAGAAGAAGCUGCUGAAGGAGCGGCGGAAGCUGCGCGAGAGGAUGGAGUUGAAGAUGGACGUGCCCGGGGACUCCCUGGCCGAGAGCUCCGACUUCAGCCUCUUCAACCUGAAGAGCAUCAACAAAACCAAUAUGGCGGAGAUGGAGCAGGGGGACAUGUCUUUGGCGGAGCUCGUCGAGGUGAUCGGCCCGACGGACGACGACGUCAACAUGGGCGACUUCAACGAGGAGGCGGACGGCGACUCCGCCGACGACGAGGAGGUCGCGCUGCCGCUGCACAAGAUCCGGGGCGGCAAAAGGAGGGAAGUGACGCCGGAGCCGUCGGAGGAGCAGCCCAACGCCCUGGUGGUGGAGUACGAGGACAGCGAGAGCAGGGCCCAGCGCGAGACCAACCUGUGGUUCGGCAAGGACAUCUUUGCUGGCCUGGAGACGGAAGUGGACGAGCAGAUGGAGCUGAAACAUGCGCAGAGGAUGUUCAAGAAGAUGGCCCGUGCAGCCGCGAACGAGCACGAGCAGUCAACCAAGGAACAGGGGAGUGGGCAGGAUGACGUGGGGGGCGACGCCAAACCCUCGCAGCACAAGGAGGAGUCCGGCUCGGACAGCGAUAAUAGCGAUGAUGACGACGACGACGACGUUGCUCAGAUCGCGCGCCUCAAGGAGCUCUCCGCCUCCAUCAAGACCGGACGGCGAGGCCGCUACGCGACCGCUCCGGACCUUGACCUCGACGACGACGAUCACUUUGAGACGGUCCCGAUCGAGGAGCCAGCGAAAAUCGAGCGGGUGCUGGACCCCGAGGGCCUGGCGAUCGGCAGCCUCAUCGCCACCUCCCGCAAGAGGACCCGCGACUUGGUGGACGGCUCCUUCGACAGGUUCGCGUUUAACGACGAGGGGGAACUGCCAGACUGGUUCACCGACGACGAGCGCAAGCACCGACGGAAGAUGCUCCCCGUGGACAAGGCAACGGUGGCCGAGUACCGCAAGCGCUGGCAGGAGAUCAACGCGCGGCCCAUCAGGAAGAUCGCCGAGGCCAAGGCUCGCAAGAAGAAGAGGAUGUUGAAGCAGGUGGAGAAGGCGCAGAAGAAGGCGGAGGCGGUGGUGGACACGGUGGACAUUUCCGAGAGGGAGAAGAUGGCGCAGCUUCGCAGCAUCUACAAGAAGGCCGGCGUGAAGAAGAAGGACAAGGACGUGACGUACGUCGUGGCCAAGCGAUCCUCCGGCCGCAAGGUCGGCCGCCCCGCCGGUGUCAAGGGCCACUACAAGGUGGUGGACGCGCGCCUCAAGAAGGACACGCGCGCCAAGCUCCGCAAGGAGGGCGGCAAGAAAAAAGGGGGUCGAAAAGGUGGCCGCUAGCCCCGGCGGGACGUCGCUGCCGCAGCAGUGCACAUACAAACAACCGCUAGCUCGCCGAUCGGUCAUCGCUCUACACGUGGCCUCUAGUCCUCCAGCGCUGUGGAGGCAACGAGGGUUGGUGAAAGGGCUGUGGAACUCUUCCCGUAGGCAUGGAGGAGAGGUGCCACACACACCCUGGCUUGUGCGGGAGAAGUCCGUACCAGCAACAAUGUGGAGGGCCACCUGUUCUGUCUGUAUGAGAUGGAGUGUAUGUCCCCCCCCCCCACCCCACUUGUACACGUAGUAUUUCUCCGGGUGCUCCGUUUUCCUCUCACAUGUAAACACUCAUUAUUGCCCAAUAAUAACUUCAUACACAGAGGAGGGCAGAGCUUGGGGAGGAGUCGUCGCCGGCCCGCGGUGUGGCGGCCUCCACCCGCUUGUCUGUGGUUCCUCGCGCUCCUGUGUCGUCCGCUCUCUCUCGCUCUCGACAAGAGAGCGGACACUGCGGCGUCGCGUUACACAACUUGACUUUAUUAUUAAAUUAACAAAUACAACCGUACGUCAUG